UCACAUUAUCAUUAUUAACCCUGAAGGAGCUAAUGUAAUUGCCCAUUGUCCCCCUCCUUAGAACUGGCAACUGUAAGACAUAUGGUCAUUUAUUUGAUUAAGUGACGCAUUACUGGACAAUCGUGGUGACGUAGCAUGCCGAGGUGCACACCAUGUACUCGUGAUGCAACCAAAUCUCACCCAGAAAUCCUUUUAUUUAAUGUCUCCCCUAUCUCUAAUCUGUCUAAUCUCCUAAUUGAUGUGCUAAUAAAACUGAAAAAAGUUAUUUCAUUUCACUGAUUUCUAAUUUCAUAAGUCAAAUGUUAACACACAACACAAUGCUGCAGAAUGUUGCCACAUAAUGACAUAAGGCCCUAGCUGAGCCCAUCACAUGCUCACCUGACUAACCAGGGGUGUGGCAACACAGAAGCUCUAUAAAUAAAAGCAUGUCAGGAAUUUCAUUCAUAACAUGGACAAACCCUAUCUGCUGAGCUGCAGCACUCUCAAACCAGACCUACCUGGCAGGCUCACCAUGCUCAGAUCACGCUCACUCCACCGACUCGUCUCCUGCGCGCUGCUGCUCCUCGUCUCCCUCUCCAGCUCAGGGGAGAGCCGACCUCACCAGAUAAGCACACCUGAUGUGGACAGAGCAGACAGCCAGAGAGUCCUGCUUCUGGAGGCGGUGAAAACGGGGAUCCUCGGCUCGUUGGGUAUGGACAGGGAGCCCAGGCCAACCCAAAAGGCCUCGGAGGAAGAGCUGAGCAAGAUGUAUCAGCUCUACAGGGAAAAAGUGAGAGAGAUGAGAGGAAAUUCAAGUCAGCCGAUGAGGGAAACCUUGCAAUCCACCACGUCUACUGUGCUCUUUCCAGCUACAGUGGAGCCAAUAGUUCGGAGGGGAGAACACUCUCAUCCACAUUCAGGUCAACGCAUGCAGUGGUACAGAGCUGUUUUCCACAAGAACCCCAAUAUCCAGACUGAGCUGACACUAGCUCGGGCUAAGCUGAAGAUCUCCAGGAAGAUUUUAGAAAAACCGACUACAGUUCAGCCUGAGGCACGACGACGAGAGAUCAAAGUUAAAAUCAACCGGAUGAAGCCGAUAAACUCUGCUGCUUGGACUCACAUAAUCUCUGCCAAUGUGUCACGUACUCAAGAUGUGAUGCUGGACAUUAUCCCUGAGGUGGAGAGGUGGAUGAGGACUGAUGGCAGUGAGGCUCUAGUUGUGGAUGUGGGGAUGGUUGUGGGUGAAAAAGAUGCCCUCGAGGCAAAUCAAACCAUUUCUCUGGAAUUAAGCCUCACGCAGACCAAACCGGCCAGGAAAACGAGGCUGCCUCGCUCCAACAAAGAAGACGUCUGUGAUGAACGAGGAUGGUGCUGCCGAAAGUCCGUCACCGUGUCCUUCAAAGACAUCGGCUGGACGGACUGGGUGGUGGCCCCAACUGAGUACAUAAUGCAUUUCUGCGACGGCACCUGCCCCCACAACUACAAGCCUGCGAGCAUGCACACGCAGGUGAAGUCUCGGCUGCAUCAGAUUACCAAAGGAGUGUCACCUCGCCCCUGCUGCGUGCCAGCGGCCUACGAGCCCAUGGUCCUCAUGCACUCUGACAGUAGGGGAAAGUUGAAGUUGACUUCUUUUGAUGACCUGAUUGUCAGUAAAUGCCACUGUGCCUGA